CACGUACUUUUUACAUGCGUUUCUCCGCCGGGCUGAUGGCGUUCCCUUUGUGCUUCUCCUCUCCUCCUCUGUCUCCUAAACAUCAUCAUGAUCACGAACUGAUGAUGAUGAUGCCAUUUCAAAAGGCGCCAAGAAGAUCAUUCAUUUCGUCUCCAAAGGUCAUCACCACUACUUGUCAACCAAAAUUGAGCAGCAGCCUCUGCUUUCAUCAUCAGAAAAGCUCGUCCAGAUCUGCAUCCGCCGCCUCAUGUACGUACGCCGCCAGCGCCAGCACGGUGUUCAGCUUGGCAACAACAGCAGUUCUCCCAUUCUACGUGCUCAUGCUUCUCGCUCCGAAAUCAAACAUCACAAGGAAGUGUAUGGGAAGUAUGAUACCGGACGCAGUGCUGGGGCUUGUGUACGGAUAUGUGGUGUACCUGUCUUGGACGCCGGAUACGUUGCACCUGAUGUUUGGAAGCAAAUACAUGGUGCCUCAGCUUGUUGGGGUAACGAAGAUGUUUGCCAGCGACAUGAGGCUGACUUCGGCGUGGAUUCAUAUGGUGGCGGUUGACCUCUUCGCGGCCAGGCAGGUGUACAAGGAUGGGCUGGAAAACGGGGUGGAGACGCGACACUCGGUUGCGCUGUGCCUGCUUGCCUGUCCGCUGGGAAUUCUCACUCACCUCAUCACCAAGAUCUUUACUGCCCGGAGUCCACAUCAGCAACCACCAAGCUAG